AUGAACGUGAAACAACAUUCUCUAAGCUUUCCAAUCUAUGACGAAAAUUGGGAUGCCGAAGAAGAGUACCGAUUAAUAGAACUAGCAGGCAGCUAUGGUCUAGGAAAUUGGUUGGAAGUGUCAGAACAACUCGGCAGCAAAACAAAGGAAGAAUGCUAUGAGCAUUACAUGAAAGUCUACGUCAAGAGCGCCAAAUGGCCUUGCCCAGACAUUGAUAAAGACUUUAAUAUCGACGAGGACAAAAUGAGAGAGAGAAAACGGCAGAGAAUGAAUCGCAUUGAAGCUGCAGCGAAUGUCCAGCCAAAACCAGAAGGGGAGGCAAUACAAAGUUUGCCAGCAGAACAUGAGAUCCAUGGUUAUAUGCCAAAGCGUAAUGAAUUUGAACAAGAAACGGACAACGAUGCUGAACAAUUGGUAAAGGACAUUGAAUUCAUAGAUGAGGACUCUAAACAGGACAAGGAAUUGAAAAUAGAAAUGUUGGAGAUAUACAACAAGAAACUGCAUAGACGACGUGAGAAAAAGGAUGUGAUAAACGAGCAUGGCUUAUUGGAUUACAGAAAGAAUGUGGCGAAUGAGAAGAAGAGACCGAGAGAAGAAAAAGAACUAGUGGCGAAAACAAAACCGUUUGCUCGCAUAUUGACGAACAAAGACUACACGUCAUUUGUUGAAGGUUUAAUGAGAGAGUGUCAACUUCGACAACAGAUAGCGAAAUUACAAGAAUGGCGUAAGAUGGGGAUCACCAAUUUGAAAGAUGGAAAACUGUACGAAAAAGCCAAAUCUGAACGCGAGCAAUCUCGCGAGACGGCUUCACGUCCGAGCAUGUCAAUCGCUAGUGAUCGAUUGGCUGCUAAAUAUGCUGCGAAUGUCCCACCGGUGCGAGCAACGGACACUGCGAAUUCUUCCUCGAAACAUUCUCGCAAAUCUACACCCACAUCUUCGUUAGACGACUUGGAAGGUGCUGACCUCCUCCUUCCUGCAGAGAAAAAAUUAUGCGAGCAUCUAUGUAUACAUCCCAAACCGUAUAUGGUGUUCAAAGAAAAGCUUCUCCAAGCAUAUGCCCGUUCGGGUGGACAUUUACAGAGGAAACAAGCAAAAGAGUUGGUGGAACAGCCUUCCAAAGGCGAUAUUCUCUUGAAAAUAUAUGACCUUUUUGUUGAGAUGGGAUGGGUAAAGCUGCCACCCGCAAUUGGGAGUAGUGGGAUAACAAUUGAGAAUGGGUUGGUGGAAAAUGGAAAUGGGAGUAGGAAUGAUGAGAACGUUGAACGUGGAGUUAUAUAA